GCGCCUACUCCAUCAUCAGAUCCAGGAUAUCACAUAUCAGGCCUAAAUAUUUAAAACAGCAACCACUACCACGCUGCGCCGCUGCCCAUAGCUUCGUUGACAACCUGUUUUCCCAAGCCAUUUCCUCCACUCUCGUUUUUUCCCUUCCUGUCCAAAGAUGGCUGAAUCCUUUGUUCUCAAUACCGGCGCAAGAAUCCCGUCGGUUGGCCUUGGCACAUGGCAAAUAGAGCAUGGAGCUGUCAGCGACGCCAUCUAUGCUGCUGUUAAGGCUGGGUAUCGGCACAUUGAUUCAGCUGUAGCAUACCGCAAUCAGAAGGAGGUUGGACUGGCUUUACAGAAACUAUUUGAGGAUGGCGUGGUCAAGCGUGAAGAUCUGUUUGUCACCUCUAAGCUAUGGCCAGGUAACCAUGCACCUGAAGAUGUGCAGGAGGAUCUUUGCUCGGCCCUCGAAGAUUUGCGGCUCGACUACGUAGAUCUGUACCUUAUUCAUGGUCCAAUCCGUAUCCAGAAAGGAACCAUGUUUAUCCCGGAAAACCUUAUCCCUACGGACAUCCCUGCUACAUGGGGAGCGAUGGAGAAGCUAUACCACGCAGGCAAAGCUCGCGCGAUUGGUGUGAGCAAUUUUUCCUGCAAGAAGCUGCAGGAUCUGCUCGCUGUUGCGCGUGUGCCUCCAGCGGUCAACCAGGUCGAGUGCCAUCCAGUUUGGCAGCAAGACAAGCUACGCAAGCUGUGCCAGUCAACGGGUGUUCAUCUUUCUGCAUAUUCGCCCUUAGGCUCACCCGGAUCACCUGGAUACAGUGGGCCAAACGUCCUUAGCAACCCCGUUGUCAUGUCUGUUGCCGAGAGGUUGCAGAAAACGCCUGCCCAGGUCGCUCUGCGCUGGGGGAUUCAAAUGGGGCAGAGUGUGCUUCCUAAGAGUGCCGACAGAACAAGGAUCGGAGAGAACUUCGACAUAUUUGAUUGGUCCAUCCCUUACGAUCUGAUGGCGAAGUUCUCUGCAAUCAAACAGGUUAGGCUGCUAAAAGUCGAGUUUGUAGUUCACCCGAACAGUGGAUACAAUACCUUGGAGGAUCUUUGGGACGGUGAAGUGGAAUACGAGGACGAAAGAACAGAGAAUCAGGACCAUUCUGAUUUCUUGAGAUGCUUUUCGUGAACAGUCGAGAAUAUCGCCUUCUUCGCAUGGAGAAACCCCUGAGAAAUAAUGGCCUCUCUGCUGCUCCUCUUAUAUGUAUGUAGAGUUGCUGUGUUUCAACAAGAUUAUCCACAUGUGACUGCUGCUUGCUUAACAAAUACUACUACAGUUCGACUUCAGAGUAUAGCUACAAGGUGUUAUCGUAGUCAACUAUAUUUGUGUUUGUCUAUUCAGGCUCUGAAUACAAGGAAAAAUAAAAAAAUAAAGCAAAUACAAGAAAUGGCAUUGUAUUCAAA